AUGAGCCGCAUCGGAGGCUGCGGCUGCGCGUUGGGAUUUUCCGUUGCCUUUUCUUUGCCUCUCACCUCUCUCCAUGUGCCCGCAGGCUUGCGCAUCCAUGAAUACUUGUACUUCCAAGUGCUGAGUCCCGGCGACAUCCGCUACAUCUUCACGGCCACUCCAGCUAAGGAUUUCGGGGGAGUGUUUAACACGCGGUACGAGCAGAUCCACCUGGUGCCGGCGGAUCCGCCUGAAGCCUGCGGGGAGCUCCGGAAUGGGGUCUUCAUCCAGGACCAGAUCGCCCUGGUGGAGCGCGGGGGCUGCUCGUUCCUGUCCAAGACGCGCGUGGUGCAGGAGCACGGCGGCCGCGCCGUCAUCAUCGCCGACAACGCCUACGACAACGACAGCUUCUACAUCGAGAUGAUCCAGGACAGCACGCGGCGCACAGCCGACAUCCCCGCGCUCUUCCUGCUCGGCAGGGACGGGUACAUGAUCCGGCGCUCCCUGGAGCAGCACGGACUCCCCUGGGCCGUCAUCUCCAUCCCAGUCAACGUCACCAGCAUCCCGACCUACGAGAUGAUGCAGCCCCCCUGGACCUUCUGGUAGUGGUGAGAGGCCGCGGAGC